AUGGACACAGAUUCAGGAUCCGAGGCUGGUCCCCAUACGGGUCAUCGGACCUACAUCUCCAUUGACUCUGACUCUGAAGAUGGGGGAAUGCAACUGGAUGUGGCCGACCAAGAAAUGCCUCUUGCGGAAAUGGAAGAUGGCAUGCACAUUGACGCAUCGGAAGACGAAGAAAGCAGCAACUCAGGAGAUGAUGACGAUGACGUGACCGACGAGGAUGACGAGGAGGACGAUGAAUUCGAAGAAGAAGAGCGCAAUGAAAAUGACUUCACUGCUCAGCCCGUCAACCCACAUUCAUCUGUUCCAAACGCACACAAUACUCCUUCGCAGCCUGGACAUCGGGGUUAUUUCGGGCAUUUCCCAGCUCAGCAGAAUCGCCCUCGACCGCAACCCCGACGUCUUCGCACAAAGGGCCACCUCACCGAGGAGCAGCACGCCGCGCUGGCAGUCCUGUCUAAUUGGGAGCUGCUCGUUACACAUGCGCUGAACAAUCACCGCACAAUUCCCCAAACCCGCCGACGCUUCCAAGCCAAGCUCCUUGCCGCCGACAACCCCACGCUCGAGAACGAGCUCUACGGCUCCCGCUUCGUCAUCCCCGCCUCCAAAUCCGAGUUCCUCCCACCCAUGACCUCUGCCUCAACCGCAGGAGGCACCGGGACCGGCGUAUCUCGGCCAUAUGAGACAGCAUCGGGCGUGGAUAAUUCCAUCGCGUUUUUGAUCUCGGGCUCGUAUCGCGAGGUCAUUGAGGAUGGGGAUCUAUCGUGGUGGCCGCAGGGGAAGCCGCGCGAAAAGAGGAAGAGUAAUCGUGGGUUGGGGGUGAAUCGAGCCGGGAAUAAGAGUUCGUUGAGUGUGGAGAGUGAAGGGAGUUCGAGGGUUGUUAGUCGGGCUGGGUCGGUGGGACGAGGUUGA